ACAUACAUUUCAUUAAUAUUGUCUUUUAAAAAAAAAAAAAACAGGUUUUGACGUGCAUCUGUUAAUAGGUCUCUACCAGCUUUAUCGCGAUUAAUGCACGUCUAGCUGGAAACAGCGAAUUUAAAGCGAACAGUCCCCGUGUGCCUUAAAUCAACAAUUUGAGCUCAGAAUAAAUUGUAAUAUGCUGAUUUUUAACUGCAUUGAGGAUAUAAAGAAUUGAGUUCAUUUAUGCGUGACAAGUUUAGUUAGCACACAAAUGCACGUUUUUUGUUAACCUUAGUUAUUCGCAGUUGGCUGUAGUAAUGCUUCCAUGCAACGGCGUUUCGAGGAUCAAAUUAAAGAGGGAUUCGUUUAAGCAAAAUAACAAAUUAGAACCGAAUAAACGGCGAUGGACUGGACCUAAAACUGUGUCUGGUUUAAAUCCACUUGCCGAUCGUGGCAUACAGGUACAAGGCCAAGACAGCUCUCCAGCUCCGGAGGCAGCAGAUGUCGUUUCCUCAGAACGAAACGCCCAGGAAAUCUGCGCCACCGCCUCUGCCGACCCCGUUCCACCGUCCAAUUUUGACGGGCAAGCGAGCUCCAAACAAGACGCUCAUGCUGAACAUGACGACUGCCGAGGGCGUUAUAAUCAAGAUAUCAGUUCAAAAGUUGAGUUGAGACGUCAACUUAGGUCAGACACGAGGAAACACCACAAACGAUUGGUGAAAAAUUCGUGCUGUGCUUUGUGUGGUGAUGUAAAAUACACCCCUCCCCCUAGUAAGAAUCUGACCCGUUUACUCAAUCAGAGAUCGAGAGCUGUCCGCCCCAGCCCGACUGCAUGGCAGAAAGGUGCCUGUCAUAUCUCUGAGUCCCAUCUGCUCCCAACCACUCAGAUUUUCCGCUUUGAGAAAUACCCCUUGGUGAAACUGUGCAAUGUAGCCCAAGUGUUUGACAUAGCCUCACGUGAAUUCUCAUGUGUCUUGCCAGCGGUACUAAGACAAAAGAGGAAGUGCAAAAGAGUGAGGUGCUUAAAGAAAGAAUUUGGUUUUCUCAUGCAUCCUCAUCUCCAUGGCAUCAGGAAGCAAAGAAGUAAGAUUGCUAACCAAUCCUGGGAAGUUUCCACACCAACCCAUAGCUGUGCUUCUUUUUCAUCAGGUGAUUCUCCAUCUGGAGCUACAGGCAGCACAUACAUUUCAGGCACAGCAGAGACUCCAGAUGGAUCUGUAAAGGAAUGGGAUGUUUGCCUUGCAAGGAAUCCAGACUGCGAGAGGAUGAGACAGACCGACGUUGAAGGAACUGCAUCGGUACUCCCACGUUGUGAUGAUAAUGGUCCUGUUGUGUGUUUCUGUGAAAAAGACAAGACCUGUCCAAUGAAAAACAUCUCUGAAAGUCCUUCCAGCCCAGUGCGUCGUGUAUCACCUUUAAUACUCAGACGAGUUACUGUCAAUGGUUUUGCUUUCAGAGAUGAAAAUGAGAACAGUGGUCUUUCACUGGAUGAAGAGGAGGAGGAGGAGGAGGAGGAGGACAACAGUAGAAAUGAGGGUUCUGAUAGUGAAGUGAACUCACCUGAGAGUUUCUCCUGCCAGCGAACACAAGCCUACAUAUUUUUCCCUCAAUCAUCAUGCGCUCGCACAUGCAAAAUCUGGCCCUUCCCCAGAAUGGGACCUCCCAACAAACUCAGAUCAUUGCAUCGAACUGGACCCCGGUGGAUUGUCACCACUUCAUUUCCUGCCACCGUUCAGACUUCUCUCGGAGAAGAACCUGAAUGCUUAUCAGAUACGGAUGUUCAAAAUAAACUUUCCAAACCCACAAAGCAAAGCAAGAGUACUGAUGAAGCUAGAGAUGUACUGGAGGGGCAACUACUUUCUUCUGCACCAGGUGAGAAGCCACCCACUGACAUGUUAGGAGUGUUGGAAAGGACUUUGGAAGAUCGAGCAGAAAGUCUUUACAAUCCAAGAGGUACAUUGACUCGAGAUAUAUUUCAUAUUUCAAAACUUUCAGACCACAACACUUGCAGUGCUUUGGGCGAAAAGCCACCCACUUGCACAUUGGAAAGGACUUGGAAAUGUCUAGUAGACAGUCCAAGAGUCAUAUUGACUCAUGUUUCCAAACCUGCAGAGCUUGAGUCAAACCAAAGUCUGAAGAAUGCUUUUGAGGAUGCUCUUGAGUACUCUGCAUCUGUAGUGACUGAACAGAGUAACAACUACAAACUUAAUGGUCAUGGCUAUGCAGCAUCUUUAGAGGGGAACGUUUUUUUAAAAAAUCAUCCCCUCCUCAAGAAGUCUAAUCAAAAAGUGCUUUCAAGUGGGUCCACAAAUCAGUCUGAUGUUCCUGUCAACAGGCAAGAACAACCAAAAUUGCUCAAAGAUUCGUUGGAUCCCAAACCUGUUAUCCAAACCUCAAGAGCACCUUCCUUUGAGGAUCAAGAGGGGAAAGAAAAUGGUGGUAGACAAACUCUGUAUAAUCCAGGGUUACUCUCGGAAAUAUGUCUUAAAGUAAAAAUGUUAAAAGCACAGCAUUCUUCUUUAGUGACAACCUCUUCCUCUGUGGACCAGGAUACCAAAAGUGUUACUCCAAAUUCUGUUGCACGUACACCUGACAGCAUCCCUGACUGUUCAGGAGAAGGGAAAAGAAUGCAAGUAUUUGACAGCUACUCAAUCACAGACUCUUCUGAAGAUGAAAACAAGAAUGUCACUAGUCUGUCUUCAGAUGAGGAGUCAGUGGAACAUCAUGCUGCUGAGAUCUUGUGGUCUGAUGAUGAUGAUGAUGGGACAUGUCAGAUUAAAAAUAAAGAACAAGGCUCCACCCCUCCAUCAUCUCAAAUGGUUGCUGACAGCUUUCUGGAUGUUUCUCGAGCAUAUGAAGAAGACGUUCUAAUACUGGAUGUCAUACAGGAUGAUCCAGAGUUGUUCGGGGCUGUUGUCACUGAAACUGUAAGUAAACAAGAUGGGUUGACAAAGGAGAAUGAGGAGAAUGAAGAGACACAGCUAAAGACAGAGUCGAAACUUCAAACGGGGAAUCACUGCAAGAUUGUCUGGGAUCUAAAGACAGAUUGUAUCAGCAAAUAUCAAUCAACUGCUGCAGAAGUCAAGAUGGAAAAUAUGAAAGAUGGUGGUUCUGUGACAGUAAAGGAGACACAGAGUUACAGAGCUCAGCCUUCCCAGGGUAUGGAUACUUUAAAGUCAGAGAAUGCCACAGACUGCAAUAACAACCGAGAGAUGAGAGAUACAAACAGUCUGAAUGCUCUUACAGUAAUAAACACAAGUGCCGCAAGACUUGUGAUGGACACUUGCUGUAAUGAACGUGAAAUGACUGCAAAAGAAACCUCUGCUUUGAGACCUUUAAACAGCAGUUAUUGUUGGUACUACUUUAGUGAAUAUAGCACCUGCCUACGAAGUACCUGCUGGUUCCUGCACAUACCAAGAGAUGGAGAUGAAAAGUUCUGCAUGGAUACAGUGAAGAAGUUCUGUCAUGUUGGUAAACAUGCUCUUAUUCUACGAGCAGUGGAAGUGUUUAUGGGAUAUUACAAUAGAUGUUCACCCAGCGUGAGUUUCAGCCAGGAGGUAGUCAAUUCUCUGCUCUCAUCUCUCCUUAAUAUGUGUUUCCUGAGGGAAUUUGAGGCAGUCAUUAACUUGCUUCUCACACACAAGAGGCUGCCUCCACCAGAGUUUAUGUUGGCUGUUUUUAAACUUGUGAGAGAAAGAGGUCUGAUCAACACUGUACCUCAGCUAAUUCACCUCACCUCAAAGAUUGUUGAGGCAGGAUGUGUAUUCAGUGUGGAUCAGUGUGAGGUCAUGCAGAGUCAUCUCCAAAUGAUGCAGGUUCCUAGACAGCAGAUGGACAUUUUCCUUGCUGUUAAAUGCAGAGCCCUUGUGACUAACCCUCAUACCUCUGAGCAGUCAGAUCUGGCCCAGGCUGUUGUUAGAGUUGAGAUGCUGAAGCAUCAGGAUGACUGGACUGGACUGGCACUAGUAUUCUGCAGUGUUUGUGUGGGUUCACACAGUCCCACUGAACUUCUUAGGUUCUGUUGCUGCGUUACCAUGGCACUGCUGAAUGAGUCCAAAGACAAACUCGCCCUACCAUAUGAGCUGUUUGCUGAAUCAGUGUGUCAGCAAGCCUCGUCUAAUGAAAUGAUCAAAACCUUCCUGGGUAGAAUUGGAGUCUCUCUGAUCUUCAGGUACCACAGGACACAAGAGUGGAAUAAGGGAGUAAAGCUGGUCAGUGUGAUGUUCAGACUGCACAUUGAGUUCAUCACUCAAAAGGGGAUUAUGGGGAAUGAACACAGGGUGUCUCGCUGUCAGCUGGUCACUGUGGCAACAGAGCUCUUCCUUCACAGUGGGAGUAUUGAGGGAGCUUUGAAAAUGCUGAGAGCUGAUGGUUGGUUUGUGAGCUCAAGCAUGUGGCCUUGUGAGCAGGCUGACAUAGAAAGUCGAAAACACAUCAUGACUCUCUUAGCUGGGAAGACAUCACACAGAGACACCUUUGAGAUUCUUACCAACUUACCUGGACUCAGACAACCAAUAAAUGGUGUGCAGAUAAACGACUAUACUGAAAUGUUCAGUGCUCAUCUGCGUCUGUGUGUGAUAAAGCAGACAUUGCCAGUUGCAGCAGAUAUUGUCGACUUUAUGCUAAUACAGGGUAUGGUGCCUGAAACUCUUCAGCUACAGAACCUCAUCCAUAAACUCGGCAAGCAGAACAACUGGAGCCGUGCCAGGGCCCUUUUUAAACGUGCACGGUCAGCAGGGUUUUACUCUGCAGUGGUAUGUGAAAGAGACGGUUUGUUUCUGCCAUGUAGUCUCAGUGAAAUUGAGAUGACGCUGGCCUUUGAGAUGUUCAUCACCAUUAUUAAUACCAACCCACUGGCCCCUGCUGGAUCCUCCCAGCCACUUCUCAUUACACUCAGACGGCAUGCUGGUGUCGAGGAUGUAACGGAGAGUGUGUACUUGGCGGCCGGUUGUAGGCUCCUCUCUGCGGCUCUCAUACCAAACCCCAAACUGAGCAUCCGCUACACAGCUGUCAAUCAAAUCCAAGAGCAACUGUUUCAACUGGACCGUGCAUCUGCCCACAAAUGGUUUUUACAGAAUGAGCGGUGGGCACAAGAGAUUUGGGCAAGCUAGCACACACACACGCUUGCGAACAGUCCCAGAUGUAACAGACGUCUCAAAGUCUAAUCAAAGGUUAAUUCAUGUGUUCCGGACUGUUGACAACUGAGACUUUUUGAAACUGGUUGCACAAUUUUUUUUGUUUGUUUUUUUUUUUUUUUGUGGUGAUUGUGUAUAUAUUUCAUUGUUUAAGACAUUGUGAAACAAGACUGUUUUGUUUUUGAAAAAAAAGAAAGAAAAAAAGAUUUCAUAAUUUUUUAGUUUUCAUGUUCUUAACAAUUUAUUAAUUACUAAUACUUAAAUCCAGAGAUUUACAUCUGAAGCUACAAACUCCUGUGAAAAGAACAAACAGAUUUGACAAAACAGUUACUUUCACUGUUACCAUUUGUCUUGCCAAUUAGAAAUUGUCAAAUACAUUUUGUGAUUAGUGUAAAAACAUUUGACCGCAGUAGCUCAGAAAGGCAAUAAUAUGAAAGACGUUUCAUCAUUGGAUACAAUUUUGUCUAGUUCUGUGAUGUACAUGUUUAAGUUUGUUUAGUUAAACUGAAAAAUUAUUACAAAUAAAUAGAAAAUGAAUAAAA